UAUAAUUGAAAAGACUAAAGAGACAAGUAUGGUAUGUGAGUGUCUCUCUGUUAAACCGCAAAACGACCAACAAUGGCCAUGGCUACUCCUUCAAACAACAGGCUCGCCGCCAUGGAAAGAACUGGUCAAUGGGUUUUUUCUCAGGAAAUUCCAACUGAUGUUGUGGUUGUAGUUGGUGAAGCAAAUCUCUCUCUUCACAAGUUCAUGUUGGUUGCGAAGAGCAAUUUCAUAAGAAAACUUAUAAUGGAAUCGGAGGAAGCUGACCUGACAAGAAUCAAUCUAUCGGAGAUACCUGGAGGCCCUGAGAUCUUCGAGAAAGUGGCGAAGUUCUGUUAUGGAGUGAACUUUGAGAUAACAGUUCAUAACGUUGCAGCUCUGCAUUGUGCGGCGGAGUAUCUAGAAAUGACCGAUAAAUAUUGCGACAAUAACCUCGCAGGUCGCACUGAAGAUUUCCUCAGUCAAGUUGCUCUGUCCAGUCUUUCGGGGGCGGUCGUGGUGCUUAAAUCGUGCGAAAAUCUUCUUCCCUUAGCUGAAGACCUUCAACUUGUUCAGAGAUGCAUUGAUGUCGCUGCUGUUAAGGCUUGCUAUGAGGCAAACUUCCCCUGUAGAUCACCACCAAACUGGUGGACUGAGGAGCUCUCAAUCUUAGACAUUGAAACGUUUGGAAGAAUUUUGACUGCCAUGAAGAGACUAAGCGCUAAAGCUCUAACUCUUUCCAGUGCUAUUAUCACAUUCACUGAGAGAUCACUUCGAGAUCUCGUCAGAGACCACUCUGGCAAAUUGUUGGAUUCUGUUGAUUCUCAACUCAGAAUCCAGCAACGUGAUCUUCUUCAAUCCAUUGUCUCCCUAAUGCCCUCCGAAAAAGCCGCCUUCCCCAUUAACUUCCUAUGCUGCCUUCUCCGCUCAGCAAUCUUCCUUAGAGCUUCAAACUCCUGCAUGAACGAGCUAGAAAAAAGGAUCUCGUCGAUACUUGAACAUGUGACUGUGGCCGAUCUUCUUGUUCUUUCUUUCACUUAUGAUGGUGAAGGGCUGUUUGAUCUAGAAAGCGUGAGGCGGAUCAUAAGUGGAUUCGUGGAGAAGGAGAAGAGUACGGCGGUUUUCGGCGGUGGAGAUACCAGAGAUGCUUAUUCAACCGCGAUGCAUAGAGUUGCAAAGACGGUGGAUGCAUAUCUCGGAGAGAUCGCAACGUGCUCUGAACUCAGCAUAUCGAAAUUCAACGGCAUUGCUAAUCUUGUUCCCAAAGGCUCACGUAAGGUUGAAGAUGAUCUUUAUCGCGCCAUAGAUAUCUAUCUCAAGGGGCAUCCCAAUCUUGACGAGAUAGAGCGAGAGAAGUUGUGCAGUUCAAUGGAUCCAUUAAAACUUUCAUACGAAGCUCGAGUUCAUGCAUCACAGAACAAAAGAUUGCCGGUGCAGAUUGUUUUGCACGCUCUGUAUUACGAUCAGCUGAAGCUAAGGAGUGGUACGGACGAUCGAAGCACGCCUGACGCUGCAACAACGAGAAACCAAUUGCACGCCGACGUCUCACUGAUUAAAGAAAACGAAGCUUUGAGAUCGGAGCUGAUUAAGAUGAAGCUUUAUAUAAAAGAUAUGCAGAAAAAUCAAGGGACAACUUCUAGCAAUAAUAGAGUUGGCCAAAGAAAGCAUACAUUUUUCUCUUCAAUGUCCAAGACUCUAGGAAAGCUGAAUCCCUUCAAACAUGGAUCUAAAGACACUUCAAAUAUUGAGGAUAAUGUUGGUGUGGAUAUUACCAAGCCUAGAAGGAGAAGGUUUUCCAUUUCUUAGUUUGUUUUCUUUUUUAAUAAUUUUUAUUGUCUGAUAAUUUUAAUAAUAGUAUCUGUGUGUAAAUCCCACUUUAGACUUUUUGGGGAGUGAUUCAUGUUGUAUUAUGAUAUUGUUUGGUGUUUGGGUGGUGAAUUUAUGUUAUUAGAAACUAAACUAAUGUAUGAAAAAAAUUCAUUUGCCCAA